AUGGCGGCCGAGAUCAGCGAGAAGCCUGAGCUCACUUUGAAGGACUGGGACAGAUUGCGUGGCAUCGCCGCUCCUGAGCUCCUAGUUGACUAUUCUCACGUCUCUGGCAAGAAGUGGGAAGCUAUGAAAGCCGAUGACUACGUCUCAAUGAUGUCUGAUUCGGGCUUUCUGGGCGACCCACUGCUCCAGACCCAGCAUCUUCUCGGCAUGAGUAGAUGGGAGAAGGUCAAUGAUGACUACAUCAUCGGCCGCCAUCAACUGCGGGCUGCUCACCUGCGAUAUACUGACGAGAGCCGCACGGCAGAGGAGAUGCGCGGCCACAGCCAUGCAACCAAUGAGCACUACUACCGCAAGGUAGAUGGCGAGUGGAAAUUCGCUGGGCUGAAGCCUUUCGUUCGCUGGAAUGAGUACAACUUCGAGCACGUUUUCAAGGGCUUUGAGGCGCCACAGCGUCGCUAG